AUGCAACUGCAAUUUAGCCUAGAGUUUGAUUAUCAUGAGCAAUUGCAACUAGAUGUCCGGUUCCCUCGCAACUUUGUACCCACCUGCAAGAAGAUCCUGGCACGUCUGUUCCGGGUCUUUGUCCACGUCUAUAUCCACCACUUCGACAAGUUGGUUGCCAUUGGUGCCGAGGCGCAUGUGAACACCUGUUACAAGCACUUCUACUACUUCAUCACCGAGUUUGAUCUGGUGAGCCAGAAGGAGCUGGAACCUCUGACGGAGAUGACGCAGAAAGUGUGCAAGGAGUCGGUGAUCAUGAGCCCGCGUCACAGAUGAGGGAGAGCGGACGUCACGGUGGCACGUCGUCGUCGUCGUCGGUUCGGUCACCAAGUCGUCGCUUCAAUUGUGCCUGGUGGCGAGCGCAACUUCUAGUCUGUCAGUGUCCCGUUCCUUGUCACUCAAAGUGACAGGGCUGAGGCCCUGCAAACGUCCAUUUUGUUUGUUCUUUUCUGCUUGUGGUUUUUUUUUUUCUGGCAGUUCAUUGAUUUUUGUUGUGUCAGCGAUGCACUUACCGAGACUCCACUCGUCGUCGUGUUGGUUUCGUAGAAGAGGACAGAUCUUGUGAGGGCUUCCGUUUUUCGACGACUCCUCCGGUUGUUUGCAAAGCCCCACCGUAACUACAGUUUGUUUCGACGUAUACACCUUUCCAAAAAACACUCAACCCCAGGGGCGACAAACUGUUUUCGAGACCAGUCACUGAGU